UUGAAGCUUGAGGGUUAAGGGCAAGAUACUAAUGCUGGUAAGAGAAUGGGAAAGAAACCAGGUUGGUUCUCAGCAAUCAAGAGGGUAUUUGUAUCCAAUUCUAAAGAAAAACUGGAUGAUAUUGGAUCAGAGAAGUUGAAAAGUGGCAAGGAAAAGAAGAAGAAGUGGGGAUUAGGGAUACUAAGGCAUAAUGGAGGAGACAACAGCAAUUCAUUCAUUCCCGGCCUCCACAGAGAGCCGAGUAGUAUUGAAAAAAUACUCCAAGAUGCCGAAAGAGAGUUACAGAUAUUGCCCAAAAAGUACUCGGAGAUGUCUUCCGAGCAACCACCGAGGCCGGUGGCGCAACCGGCGGCGCAUCCGAUGUCGUUUGAUCAACGUCAGAGGACGCCACCUGAUCUAAUGCCUUCUGGGUCUGGGGUUGUUAGUCGUCACCAGAAAGAAGCUAUCGGCCAUAACUCAAUAAUCAUCACUUCACCAAAGAAUCACCAAACUUCAGCUAUCAAGAUUCAAGCAGCCUUUAGAGGGUAUAUGGCUAGGAGGAGCUUCAGGGCACUAAAAGGGCUAGUAAGACUUCAGGGAGUAAUGAGAGGGCAGAGUAUCAAAAGGCAAACCAUGAACGCCUUGAAACAGAUGCAACUCCUUGUGAGAGUGCAAUCCCAAAUUCAGUCUCGAAGGAUACAAAUGUUGGACAAUAAGGUUGACAAAGAGCUUGAAACCAGCAGCCUGGCCAAAUGGACCACCACCCUACCAUCAACAAGAGACCAAGAAGAAUGGGAUGAUAGCCAGCUUACAAAAGAGGAAGAAGAAUCAAGAUUGCAGAAAAAGGUAGAAGCUGUAAUGAAGCGAGAAAGGGCUUUAGCCUAUGCAUAUUCAAACCAGUUGUGGAAGGCAACACCAAAAUCAGCUAAGGCAGCCCUUGUGGAAAUAAGGUCUGGUGGGGUUCCAUGGUGGUGGAACUGGGUUGAAAGAGAACUUCCAGGAUAUCCUUCUGAAAUCCAUUCUGCAACAAUGCAUUCAAAUAGAGCUGAUCAAAUAAAUCAUCAAUUAACACCUCCUCGGCCCUUUCCAGACCCUAACCUUCGACGACCGCCAUCAAGUAACAACAGUAAACAACCAGAAAGGCUUGCAGGUUUUGAUAAUCAUCUCGAAACCCUACUUACACCAAGAUCUUCAAAAUCAGUUUUCACUACUACAAAUACAAAUACAAACAAUGCACCACUACUCCUAUCUAAUAAUAGAGCAACAACACCAGUGAUGAAGCAUGUAAAACCAAGGAAGAUAGGUGGUGGUGGUGUUGCUUCUGAAUUGUCACUUGGUGAUGUGCCAUUGAGGGAUGAUGCAAGCCUUACAAGUUGUCCACCAUUUUCUGUACCAAACUAUAUGGUUCCAACUGUUUCUGCUAAAGCAAAGGUGAGGAUGGCUAAUAAUAACUUCAAGGAGAGGGAAAUGAUGGUGGGUUCAAGUCAUGACAGGAAAAGGCGUCUUUCAUUUCCUCUCACACAAAGCAUUGGGUCACUGAGGUGGAACAAGGUAUUCUCAAGCAAAGAUUCUAGCUCUCAGAGGCUGUUAGAGAAGAACAAUACUUUGCAGUCUAUAGAUUAUUUGAGUAUGGAUUCCACCACUUCUUUGCCUGUUGGAAUUGCUGGAAGGAAGCCAUUCAAACGAUUUGUGUGAUUACGGUUUUACCCUUUUUUUUUUUUUUUUUUUUUUUUUUGUUUGUUUGUUUUGGUGUGGAAAGGGUGCUUCAAUUAAGAUUUUUAGAAGUAAAUCUGGGAUUUUUGGUUCUGUAGUAUAACAAUAAUAAAUGUUAUCAAUUGAGU